AUGGAUACAACACUUCCACCAUUCCUUCAGACUAAUCCGCCUCCAACCGCACCCCCUUCUUCAGCUCGAAUACAAGCUCUAUACGCUUCCACUUCAAGUCAACGCACGACAAAUCCAACAGGUUACAACGCGAAUACACAGUGGUGGGCAUCAGUAUUGGAAGAAACACUCAGAACAGGCUGGUUAAACGGUGGGGAUGAUGGUGAUAGAUUGAUCAUCAAAGUGGAUGAUGGUCUUUUAAGUCGUUUGGAAGAUUGUCAGGGGAAACGACCAAAAGGUAUAGGUGGUGUAAUAGCGAAUCUCACCACGACAAUUCCAAUCACACUCUACCCGCUACCUACGUUCCAAUCAUCACUAUCCCCAAUACAAGCUCCGCCCUCCCUCACAUCACGAUAUAUCGGCAGACCAUUAUGGUGGGCCGUAGGACAACUGAAUCCUUUCGGAUCAUCAGGUGAUAAAGUAGAGAAAGAAGAAACGUUAUGGUCGAAACAUGGUAAAGGGAAAGAAUACGUUCAUAUACCAUUACUUGAGCAAGCAGCGUCUUCAUUCAAUUCAUAUAUAUCGAAAAAUCCUAUACUUACUUACACCGACGCGUUGUACGAUCUCGAUAGCUUCCGUGAGGAGUACGCAAAAUUUUGUUUCCCAGCUAGCUCAAGUUCGAAAAAGUUACCUGCCGGUGUACAUGUAUUGAGCUUGAGAGAUAUUGAAGUUUUGGUUAGAUGGUUACAUAGAGAUACUGGAGUUGUAGUCACAGAUGGAACGGUCAUCAAAGUGCUUGAUACCAAUCAAAUACCAUCUGAUCAUCCUGUUACCGAAGCUGAUCGAGGAGUAAUAUCAAUCAUUAUCGCUCAACGUAAAGUGGAGAAACAAAUAUCAGGCUUAGAAAAACAAAUUCUCGAAUCACAUGAAAAAGCCAAAAAACAUCUCGCGAACAAUCAGAAAAAUACAGCUUUAUCAUAUCUUCGAUCGAAGAAACAACUUGAAGAUCUGUUGGCUAAAAGAGUAGCAUCUUCAGAGCAACUAGGAUCGGUAAUUAGAAGUAUUGAUCAAGCUAAAGGAGAUGUCGAAAUCAUGGCAGCAUAUGAAACUUCAACAUCAACACUUGAAUCUGUACUUUCCAACCCAUCACUCUCUCCAGAUCGAAUCGCGGCUACAACAGAUGCUCUUGCUGAAGCCAUGGCAGACCAAGAAGAGAUUGAUCAAGCUGUUAGAAUCGGUGGCGAAUUGGCUAUGGGGGGAAAGAGGGUUGAAGUUGAUGAAGAUGAACUUGCUGCUGAAUUAGCGGAUUUAGUAGAAGAAGAAAAAUUAGCUCAACGCGCUUCAGAAAAGAAACGACUAGAAGACGAGGAGAGAGCAGCCAAGUCUGCUGCCGUCGCUGCUGCUAAGAAAGAAGAAGAGGAAAAACUUCAACCAGUCCUGGAGAAUCCUGUCUCAGCUAAAGAAUCCGUGAAACCUUCAUCAGCUGAAUCAGCCCCAGCUCAAGCUCCAGCCAAAGCGAAACCAACCAGUAGCAACAACGAAGAUGAACAGAAGUGGAACGAACGAUAUGAAGAUGCUCAAAUGCGUGAAGACGCUGAAAGAAGGAGAAGUCAAGAAGAACGAUUGAAGAAAGACGAGAAACGUAUUGCAGCUGAAUAA